GCAAAUGCCGCUGUAUUACUGUACAGCACCGAAUCUUUGACAUUGACUGACACAUCCUCGAGCGGUGCUUCAUCAUCCAAGCGCUAAUCACCAGCCGAGCGCAGUUUUAUAGCACCAUCAUCAACAACCAGCAUUUCCUCACCACCAACAUCACACGUUCUAACAAGUCAACAUAAAGUACUUCAAAUUCUUUCCGGCAACAUCAUGACCAUUCACCACAUCCUUCUAUACAAAUUCAAGCCCGAGACGACGCCCGAACAGAAACAGUUGAUCAAAGAUUCCAUCAACGCCCUUCCCUCGUAGAUACCCGCCAUUCAGGGGCUUAUAACGGGUACGACGGUGCCUAAUGCUUUUAUGCAUGGGUAUGAUGGAGGAGUCAUUUUCCUCUUCGAGAAUAUCGAUAAAUUGAACGAGUAUCGUCCGCAUAAGGCGCAUGUGGAUUAUGUGGCAGGUGCUGCUCCGUAUAUUGAAGAUAAGCUUAUAUUCGAUAUCGAGUCGCAUGGUGUGUCAGUAGCAAUCGCUCCUUGAUCGUCCACUUCAUUCGCCAAUAUUAAUCAUCAUCAAUCCGUUUGUCUGAAGAGUUCUUCCCUCUGAGUCCACAGCGGUCACUCGUCGGUUCAGUCCGCUGCAUAUGCAUAUAAAUAGAGUUCGCACCGUACGUCUGCUUAAAUACACAUUCAUGUGACUGGACUCCGACGUCUU